AUGUCCGCUUCUUCUUCUGGCCAGCACAAGUAUGCGUGCUCUACCUGCGCACGACGAAAGAUCAAGUGCGACAAGGCGGAUCCCUGCUCCAACUGCUCCAAGGCAGAAGUGCAAUGUCUCUACGAGGAACAUCCGCCACCACGGCCCCGGAAGAGAGCCGCCGACGAAGACCUCAUAGCCCGACUUGGAGCAUAUGAAUGCCUCUUAAGGGAUAACAAUAUCGACUUUAGUCACUUUAGCCACUCAUGGAUUCCAUCGGACUUACAGGGGAAGAUAAAGUCUUCUACGAGUGGUAGCGAAAGCCCGAGCUUGACGCCAGGCACGAACAACCUGGCGACCUUAAAGGACCCCCAGGUCGAUAAUCGUUCGGCCGAAUGGGAGAGUGGAGGCUCUACUAGCCAUAAGCUACACCCCGAGCCUAGGCAAAUUUAUCGACUCUGGCAACAGUUUGUUGAAGCAGUGAACCCCUUGAUCAAGAUCGUUCAUGUCCCCACAAUGCAACAGCAAAUAUUAGAAGCCAGCUGGGACCUCGAGAAUAUUUCGGCACCUCUGGCUGCCUUGAUGUUCUCAAUAUAUAGCCUCGCAGUCAUAUCGCUCUCAUCGGCUCAGUGUGAGGCCACUUACGGUGAACCCAGGCCGACAUUAAUCACUCGCUACCGAGUUGCAGCAUUGAGCGCCUUGAUAGGUGCUGACUUCCUGACCACGAAAGAUCUACAGCUGCUCACAGCGUUCGCACUGUUUCUCCUGACGGAUCCUGAUUCAGAAUUCACAUCCAGUCUCACCCCCACCGCUGUGAGAAUCGGCCAGAAAAUGGGCUUGCAUAAACCCAGUCAUCCAAAGGUUUCCUUCUUCGAGAGCGAGAUGCGCAUUAGGCUAUGGUGGCAACUCAAUGCCCUUGACUCUCGGGCCCGCGGAAGCCAUGUUCCCGGAAUGCGACCACCUGCGCUUGUCGAAUUUGGCGAUAUUCGUGUGCCACUGAACGUCAACGAUGCCGAUCUCCAUCCGGACAUGACAGAACCUCCCGCGGAACACGUUGGCCCAACAGAGAUGACAUGUGUACUCAUCAAAUUCCAUAUCUUCCAGUGGCUGAGGCACUCUAGCGCUAGCCUUCGGGUGUUUGAGGGCAUCAGCAACACUCCGGAAAAAUCCAAAAGAGUCCUUGAGAUGGAGGACGCUUUGAUCGAUAAGCUGGAAUCCAUUUACUACGAAAAAUACCUUCAAUACCUGGACUUGAAUAUCCCCCUUCACGCUCUGUCUAAUGCCAUGGCCAUUCUUGCUUCGUCUCGCCUGCGAUAUAUGGCUCACCAUCCCCGAUUCCGGGCCGUCACUCACGAUGGGGCAGUAUACAUGAAGAAGGAUGAAGGUGAUUUGGCGUUCAAUUCUGCAGUCACGUCAUUGGAAAAGCUUCAAAUAGGAGAACGAAGCCAGUAUUCUCGGCAUUUGUUCACGCAUAUCUCGUCCACCUUCCAGCUGGAAACGAACGUCUACAUCAUAAGUGAGCUACGGAGGCGAUUUUCCGGAGAGCGCGUGGAGAUGGCUUGGAAACUUGUCCAAGAAUUUUACAACGAGUACGAGGAGCUGCUCAACGACGAGCAGAACAGCUUCUCUGUCGCGCUGGGAGAAAUUACACUGGAGGCUUGGGAAGCCCGGAGGAAAUACUUUCAGAUUCAUGGGCAAGGGGUUAUAGAGUAUAGCCCAUUACCUCGAUUUAUUGAACUGCUGUGGAAUAAGCAACAACUGAGGAACGGACAGAACGUGCAGGUCGCUGCGACGCUGGACUCGCAGAGUCUGGAUACAUUCGAGCUGCCCGAUGUACAUGAUGUUGAUUUUGACUGGGAAUCUUGGAGCUCGUUCUGGCGAUUCUGA